UGAUGCUUUACCUGCUGACUGCGUAUUUGCAGGUACAGGUUCAGCUCAUGCCGCUGCAUUAUCGAAAAUCAUAAACGUGCGGGCAACCAAAUCAUUGAGCAAGUAUUCUGAUAAACUAGAUAUGAGCAUAAUCAGACGCAAUUACAUCACACGAACCGCAGUGUAUGUUCUCCACAUCGAUGAGGUCAACAUACGCCCCACUAACAAUUACACGAACAAGACCGGUUCUUUAGGUCCUGCUCACAAUAAUCCGGAUAUGCUUACAAAUCAUAUGCAAGUAUUUGUAACGUCAGCGCUGAGCGGUCCGAAGAUGUCUCUUGCCCUAAUGGCUCGGCCUGUGGUAAAACAAACCGGUGAGGAACUAUUAGCGUAUUCAACAGAAGCUAUCGCGAAAAGUCAAGAAGCUAAUGCAAUGAACUGCCCUGUCAUUUUCGACGGGCGCAGUGUAAAUAGAAAGGCCAUGCGUUUAUUGGUUUUACAGAAUACAGAUCCGGAACCUCCUGGGCGCCGCUCAGCCCUCCCACAGCAGCGCUUGCCAACAUCUGUGAACGUAAAUGGGCUGGAGUUGUUUACUGUGUUUUGUUUGAUACUCAUAGUGAAGUGUAUACGAAAACAAUCUCGUUCGUAA